UAAAACAAAAUUUCAUUUUCUCUUUUUACCCCAAAUGAGAGGCGCUGCCGCUGAGUUAACUGAGGGAGAAACCACGAAACCCUAAGUUUUCUACCACCAUUUUCGCCACCAUUUCCGUUGCCGUUUCUGCCGCCGGCCGCCGUUAUCACUGUCGUGCCUGUUGUAGUAGAGAGCUUCUGGAUCGAGCCACCUCUUCUAUCAACGCGUUUUUAGAUCUGUUCUCUCUAUACUGUCGUUGCUGCCACUGUUGCCACCGCAGUUUCCGCCGCCGUUGCCGCCACAAUUUCUACCGUGGAUGCCACCGUAGGUGCCGUGGUACAACGCAUUUUUAGAUCUGUUCACUCCCGAGCUUCUUCUUCAACGCCGCUUUCUCUCACUCCAAUUCCUUUGAACUGCCGCGCCGCUGGUACUUCCUUUUCUUCUUCUUCUCUAUUAAUUUUCUGAUAUUUCUUCUUUAUUAAUAAUAAUUUUUUUCUCUGUGUCGUCUCCUCUGUUCUGUUGCAACUAUUUUACAGGUAUCUCCUCUUGUUCUUCAGUAAUGUUUAACUGUUUAUGUAGUUUAUGUCUUGGCUUGAUUAUAGUUUUAGUUUGAUUAAACUUUAUUGUUGUUUUGAUUACUAAUUUUGUUCUUUAUUGUUAUUGACUGUCUAUUAAUAAUAUUGUAUCACAAAUUAGUGACCAUUGUGCUUUAAUUUUAGACUUAUAUAUUAUUAGUGAUUAUUAUGUUUUAAUUCUUUGUAGACAUCAUUAAUUCAUUAUCUGAACAAAAUGGCAUUAUUUGAUUCACUGUUUUCUGUAUAGUGUAGUGCAAGGUCUAAUGGUUUUUUGGAUUGGUCAACAAGAUAUUCUUAUUUGAUUCUCAGGAUUUACGGUUUAGGUCCCAUGUGCUUCUUGAAAAAUUAGUUUCUAUUUUCAAAUGUUCUUUAACCAUAUUGGUCUCGAGGCUCUUUAAUCUAUGCAUUAAUUUGAGGUUAUAUACCUUCCAUUUUGUUAAAUCAAUUAUUUCCUAAUCAUUGUAUUCUGUACUUAUCUUCAUCAUUGUUCAUCACAUUUGUGUUUGUCAACAGGCAAUAUGUUAUCUAUCAUAUAUUUUUACUGCUUCACUGAUUUAGGUGAAGAGGAAAAGUAAUUUUUCCCCCUAAUUAUCUGAAGCAACCAAACUGAUGUUUACAAUCAAUAACAUUUUUUAGGCUUAGGGAACUAGUUGUUAUGGGAACGUGAAUUCAUGAAAUAUAAUUUUGCAUCUUUUGAGCUCGGAAAAUUUUAUAUUCAGCUUCUUCUCUCACGUUCUACUAUUUAUCUUGUACUCGCUUCUCACUUUUCACUGAAUUAGGCUGAAGAGUGUUAUCUAUCACUUUAGAGGAAAUAGAGAAUUUCCUCGGCUAAGAAUCGGGAUUGGAAGGCCUCCUAGGCAAAUGGAUCCUAAAGCAUUCUUGCUUCAAAAAUUCAAUGUGACAGCUAGACAACAAAUAGCAAAUCUUUUGGAUUGCACUUCAUGGUCAGGGGCUGGACCAGGGUUAAUGAAUGCAGUUACUCAAGAUUUGAGAUGGCGUGAGGUAAAGAAGGCAAUUCCGCUAAAGAAAAGAAGAGGAGAGUUUGAUAAUAACAUGGAAGAAAAUAUUAGCGACAGCAACAGAAAGAAGACGAACAAAAUCCAGAGUCGUAGCAGCAGAACGAAGACGACUAAGAUGAACAUGGCGUGGGAGCAAGAUGAAGACGCAAUUAUCAAAGAUGAAGAAAAAGAAGCCGAGGAAGAAGUAGUAGCAGUAGAUGAAGAAGAAGGUUUAAUCCAUGUUUAAUCCAUGGAUAUUUUCUGAGUAUAUGGGAUGAUGCUCUUCUACUCCCUUCUACUCUCUAAGGUUUGUACUUGUACCCUUUUCAAUUUUAAUGUUAAUUAUUCUUAGCCUUUUGUAUUUGUUUUUUUAUUGCUUUUCAGUAGUUGAAAUAGAAAAUAUGUAAUCUACAGAUUCAAAAAAGAAUAGAAGAAAUGGCUAGUGUUGGUUUGGA